AUGAAAAAAGGAAAAGCGCAGGGAAAUGAAGAGGCAGAUGGGGAAAAUAUAAUAAAAUGCGAAGAAGGAAUUUCAAAAAAUGGCCAAGUUGACAACAACGGUGAGAGUAACAAGAACAAAAAAGGGGAUAUCAAGAGAAAGGACAAGAAUAAAAUUGAGGACAUCGACGAAGGAGGUACAAACGCACAAAGCAGCGGCUUAAUUGACAAGGACACACUGUGGAGCGAUUUAUACAUUUCAAGACCGUUCUUAAAAGCAUUAUAUGAGCUAAAAUUUAAUAACCCUACUUUUAUUCAAAAAGAUGUUAUACCAUUAGCAUUAGAAGGAAAAAGCAUUCUAGCUAAUUCAGAAACUGGUUCAGGAAAAACACUUGCUUUUGUUUUACCAAUAUUAGAAAGACUAUUACAUAGUCCGAGUGUAAAAAUGAGAAAAGGAAGUAAAAAAAAUAUUAGUAUAACUAAAGGGUUAAUUCUAUUACCAACGAGAGAACUAGCAUUACAGUGUUAUGAUGUUAUUAAAAGUUUAACAAAAUAUGUUUUAAUAACCCAUUCCCUUUUUUGUGGAGGAAUAGAUACUAAACAACAGGAAUAUGAAUAUAAAAAGAAGAAGGAUAUUUUUGUUUGUACCCCAGGUAGAAUUUUAGAUUUAUUAUUAAAUUCUUCUAAUGAUUUUAUUAACUUUUUAGAAAUUGUAGUUUUUGAUGAAGCAGACAAAUUACUAGAGCUAGGUUUUAAGGAAGAAUGCUUAAAGAUAUUAGAUGUUUGUAAGUUUAAGAAACAAAUUUUAUUCUUUUCAGCAACUUUAACAAAGGAUAUUAAGGAGCUAGCUAAUUUUUCUUCAAAAAACCCGAUAUAUAUUCAAAGUGAAAAUAGGAGAAUAAGUGCAAGUUGUGGUAGUAAGGAAGAAAUAGAGGGAAGCAUUAGUACUCCUGUUAUCAAACGUAAUUCUAAGAGUGCCUUUAAAACUUUUAAAAUUUCAGAAAAGUUAAAGCAAGAGUUUGUAGAUAUUCGUGAGGAAAGAUAUAGGAAAGCCGUGUUAUUACAUUUGUGUAGUAAUGUUUAUAAAAAAAAUGCAAUAAUUUUUUUUAAGACCAAAUGGGAAACUCAUGUAAUGUUUUUAACACUUACGCUUCUUAAAUUUAAAUGUGCCGAAUUGCAUGGGGCACUGAAUCAAAAAAAAAGAAUUGAGUCAAUUUUAAAGUUUAAAAAAGAGGAAGUAGAUUUUUUAUUAUGCACCGAUCUAGCUUCAAGAGGGUUAGACAUUGAACAUAUUCGUUAUGUUAUUAAUUAUAACUUGCCAACGAAUGUUGUUAAGUAUAUACAUAGAAUUGGAAGAACUGCAAGAUUAGGCAAGGAUGGAACUGCCAGUACAUUAUACUUACAUAAUGAAAGAAUGGAUAUUAAAAAGAUAUUAAAAGGACUAAGGAAAAGCGAAAAUUCAAAAAUAUUUAAGAGGAGUAUUUCCAAUGAUAACAUUUUACGUUGGGGCAAAUUACUUGAAAAGAAUAAGGAAAAAUUAAAUGAAAUAUUAGAACAAGAAAAAGCAGAUAAAGAAUUAGAAAAAUCUACAAAAGCAAUUGAAAAAAUAAAAAAUUUUAUAGAAUUUCAGGACGAGAUAUUGAAUAGACCUGCAAAAAAAUGGUUUUUAACUAAUAAAGAAAGGUUUAAUUUAAAAAAAUUAAACGCAAAAAGUGAUUCAUUAUCAUUAUGUAAUUAUUCCAAUAAUAACAAAGAAAAGAAUUUACUGAAUAAUAGUGACAACAAUGCUGCUACAAGUGUACGUUCAAAUAAUGUGCGAGAAAAAGGAAAAAGAAGAAAUAAUAGUAAAAAUAAUAGAAGUAAUAAAAGUAGUGAAGAACAGGAGGAAAAGAGGAAACUAAAUAGUUAUCGUUCUAUUAUAAGAGACCUAAAGUUGAACAUUCUUACGAAUAAUAAAAGUAAGUUAACUAGGGGCAAUUCAGAUUAUGCAAAAAUAGUUAAAAGAGGAAGGGGCAAAAGUAGUAGUAGUGCUAGUAGUAAAGAUAAUAAAAAUUUUAAUGUACCCCCAAGAAAGAAAAAAAAAAAAAAUUAA